GAACCUAGUCUCUAAGCAUUUUAAAUCAUUUAACUUCUGAACGCAAUGAAACAACUCCUUAUUUUUAUAUUGGCAAUCCCGUUAACGUUAAGUCAGUAUGACUAUGGCGAAAAAAGGGAUAAGAUUGAACUAUAUAAGUUGCAUGACAGUAAAGGCAAGAAAGACAAGAAGUGUACAGCAAAAGGUCGGUUUAAGGAUGAAAAUGGCUGCAACUGGUGCUUUUGUGAUAAAGGUUCUACCGUGUGCACUUCGAUGCAUUGUGAUAAGAAAAAGGAGAAAUUAGUGUCAAAUGUUGAGUCCUGUAAGAACAAACCUAUGGGAAGAUUCAAGGCCGAAGACGGGUGUAACUGGUGUUUCUGCAUAGACGCCAACACACCAAUCUGCACACAGAUGGGCUGUUACAAACAGAAGAUGAAAAGGUCGAAGGAUUCCAACGUCUGUAAAGCCAAGGACAGAAAGCCAGGCAGAUUUCUGCACCCAGAUGGAUGCAAUUGGUGCUACUGUAUCGGUUCCAUACAAAUGAUGUGUACAAUCAUGGGCUGUCCUAAACUGGCUGGGCCGUCAGAAGAUGGGAUAAGCACGCAGUUCGUGUUCCAAAGUGGAAAAUUCCGUUUUGUCGAUAGUGGGAGUUAUACUAUGUGUAUAAGGGAAUCUGGGAAAAGUAAAGGGAUAAAAGCGCCGAAGAAACGCCGGUUCCCUGAUUAUGCUAAUACGGAUUAUACGGACGAUUUAUUGCGGCCUGAGAAGACCAGAUUAAACGAGAAGAUAAAGAAGGAGAAGUCAUUGAAAGUACUGGCGCAAGAGUGUAAAGCAGGAAGCAAGUUCAAGGACCCUUUCGGGUGCAACUGGUGCAAUUGCAUCGAAGACGGCGUCGUUAUUUGCGAUCACGACGAAUGUAAAAAAUUAAAUAAAGACAAAGAGCCAUCCUAAGAGAUCCCAAAGAUCCAAAGCCUUUCUUAACUUAGAGUAUAGGUUUUGCUGAAGAUAGGUAUAGGCCCAAAAUGAUCCGUUGUUGUAGAGCUAAAAGAAUUGUAUUGUAACCCGUUGUUUUUAGUUUUUGUUGCAUAUUCAUGUUUUGUUUAACAAGUAUAUAUUGAAAAUAUAUAAUGCUAUGGCAAAAUAAAAAUAAUAUAUAUUAAGAACGGGUCACUCACGUAUUUUAAGUCGAAAAACGCUCGUCAUAUAUAUGUAUUUAAUAUGUCUGUGUCUCACAGAAAUUUUGUUACUAAAAAUAAAAUUUUAACAUAUUCUUAA